GCGGGAGGCGGUACCAACCCCUGCCGCAGGACUUUCUUGGGCCGUCUUGCGUAGAGCGUAGCUUUACCUUGAUGGCGGAAGGGCGUUGAAUGACGGUCGGGCCCCGCCAGCUGCUUAAAGGGGCUCGUUCAACACGGAAGUGUCCCGGGGCUGCAUUGUGCUGCAGCUAGAAUGAAGCACAUCAACCUGUCAUUUGCAGCGUGUGGAUUUCUGGGCAUUUACCACUUGGGGGCAGCAUCUGCACUUUGCAGACAUGGCAAAAAACUUCUGAAGGAUGUCAAAGCUUUCGCCGGGGCGUCUGCGGGAUCCUUGGUUGCUUCUGUUCUGCUAACAGCACCAGAAAAAAUAGAGGAAUGUAACCAGUUUACCUACAAGUUUGCCGAAGAAAUCAGAAGGCAGUCUUUUGGGGCAGUAACACCCGGUUAUGACAUCAUGGCCCAACUAAGAAGUGGAAUAGAGUCGAUUCUUCCUCCCAACGCUCACGAGCUGGCCCAGAACCGACUGCACGUGUCCAUCACCAACACCAGAACCAGAGAAAAUCACUUAGUCUCCACUUUUUCCUCCAGGGAGGACCUCAUUAAGGUCCUCCUAGCCAGCAGUUUUGUGCCCAUUUAUGCAGGACUGAAGCCAGUGGAAUACAAAGGGCAGAAGUGGGUGGACGGAGGCCUCACCAACGCUCUUCCCAUCCUGCCCGUCGGCCGGACUGUGACCAUCUCCCCCUUCAGUGGACGACUGGACAUCUCCCCGCAGGACAAAGGGCAGCUGGAUCUGUAUGUUAAUAUCGCCAAGCAGGAUAUCAUGUUGUCCCUGGCAAACCUGGUGAGACUCAACCAAGCCCUUUUUCCCCCAAGCAAGAGGAAAAUGGAAUCUCUGUAUCAAUGUGGUUUUGAUGACACUAUUAAGUUUUUACUUAAAGAAAAUUGGUUUGAAUAAAAUGCUUAAAAGCUUAUAAUGCAAAA